UGUCUCGGAUUCUCCAGCAUCUGCAGUUCCUACUAUCACUGGCUGGAAGUUUCUGACUUUACUAAAAGAAUGAAGAGAUAGAUCUGCGCUGAUACAGCAGAGAGAUCACACUGCAGCUCCCACACACACACACACACAUAUAUAUAUAUAUUCAAUUACCAAGACUUUCAAAACUAACAGCUACCAUGUAGGUAUGUAACGUAACAGAUUGUGAUGGUCAGGGCGAGAGAAAGUCAGCCGCCAGCUACAAGCGGCUUCACAAAGCAGAGGAAACGCGGUUGAACAUUGAGCUGGCUGCCGGGGUCCCAGGCUACCGCUGGCCCAUUCUCCACUCGCCAUUCACCGACGCUGCAGGCCAUAUGUGCCGCUGGGGCUGCACUGAAGUCAACACGGUCUAUAUGUGUCGAUGGUGUGGGACCCGUUACUGUAAGGAAUGUGGUAGGGGAGAUUUUAUUGGCACCAUGUCAUCACCAGAUAAAUGCCAAGUAUGCUUCCAGUGGAAAUGCCAGGGCCAGCUGGUUGAAGUUGGACCAAAAGUUAACACAUCCGGCAAAGAAAAGGAAAAGAGCACGGAAAAAUCAAAGAACGAAAGUCCUCCUUCCAAAAAGAAAUCAGCAAAAAAGAAAUCAGCAAAAAAGAAAAAAAAAUAGAAGAUAAAGGGAAACAAGUACGUAGCAAAAUUAAAGAAGAAUGGAAAUCUCAGAGUGAAAAAGUUACAACAGAACAAAAGUCCAGUUAAAACCUCAAGUGGCAGGACUGCAAGUUUUGCUCAGCGUUGUUGCACGUGAUGUCGGAUGCCUCCAUUCUUUGAAAGGAGUACGGUGAACAAGAUACUUGUUGACCCACUGAGUGCUACCAGCAUUUUCUGGAAACCAAACAACAAAUAGAAACGCAACCCUUUUUUGGAAUGGAAAACACUGGAUAAACAAGACAUUGAAAUUGCCAAGAAAAUGUUCUUUAAUGCGGCCGUCCUGGUGCUGCUGUUGGUCGUUUGCUGCGUUUCCUCGCUGGGACUGAACUGUGCUUUCUACCUGAACAGGAGUCUAAGUGGUGUUUUUCAUUAUGAUCAGAGAAUUCGAUAUUCACUUACUUUCACUGCUGCUAAACUCGCUUGUGAGCAGCACUUUGGUGCUGUAAUGGCAACAAGGGAGCAGCUUUACACUGCCUACCUUGCUGGACUAGAAGAAUGCAGAGCAGGUUGGAUUUUGUCAGGAGAAGUUGUAUAUCCAAGAAUACACAGAAACUGGAAUUGUGGCCAAAAUAGAGUCGGCAUUAUUUCAUACGGAGUUAGGAAGAACCUUUCGGAAAAAUGGGAUGUGUAUUGCUAUAAACCUGGUGAUGACUGUUCUGCUUAUAGUAAGUCACUACAAUUGGAAGAUGAUACUUCUGACAGCAAAUCAGUGAAUCUGUUAUUGGGAUCAAUAAUGCCUUCUUCUUGGAAUAAUGUUUCCAAGAAACAAGAAAUUGCUAAAGCAGAUCUGACCCAGAUUCAAAAUAAAACAAAUCAGUUCCCUAAUGUGGCAAUACCAAGCUUUCAUAACAAACAGACUAAAGACCUACAUGACACAGAAACUUUAACAUCAGCUAAUGUCACUUUAGUAGAAACCUCAACAGCUUCAUCAAUCAAUGGUUCAGAAAAGAACAACUUUAAGGAAUUGAUGAAACCAUUUUUAACUGAGAACUUUAUUAAAAGUUCAGAUAAUAAAUAUUCGCCGCAAGUGGAACAAAGAGAUAAAAUUAUUGCAGCUUCUCAAUUAAGUGUAAAUUGGUCCAAGUUUGAAAUAAUGAACAACUUGACAAAUGAGACCAAAAAAGAAUACUAUUCAGAAAUGACAACCAGUUCAAUCACUACUUCCUCUAAAAUAAAUGCAGUGAGAUUGCAACUUCAGAAUGUGACUGUCGAUAAACCUGAAAGCUCAAAAAGAGAUGAUGAUUUGGGAUAUAACAACUUUAAAACCCCUCAAGUUUCGCUUAGUCAUAAAAGUAGCCCUGAUAGAAGAGGUGUUCUGUCCAUGAAUACAUCAUAUCAACAUGAAAUCACAACUAUCAGGCACCAACCUCUUAAACAAGUUAAACAAGUUAAUAAAGUUACUGUGACAGAAACAGAUCUAGAAAGUCUUGAUAUUUCAAACGAAUUUCAAAACAAUACUCAAUCAGAAUUAACAAAUUUGUUGUUACUCACACAUUAUAACAAAUCCUUAUUUGAAGGUGAACAAGGUGGUUUGAAUGAACUGACAUCCACAGAAUUUUCUCAACAAGUAUUAAAACAUUCUUCUUCAGUUUAUGAAGAUCAACAAGAGUCUGUGGAGAUUAAUAUCUCCACAGUGACUCCUGAAUCUCCUAAAUAUGUGAUUACAAGUAAAACUCUGCAGCCAAACAAUCAUUUGGUGACAGAAAAGCAAAAGUUUUCAUCUCAAGAAUUAUCAGUAACAACAGUCUCAAUAGAAGCUGAUGACAAGUUAAGAAGGCCAGUGACAAAUACAUUUGAAACUGAGACAUUUCCAUUUGUCACAAGUACUAUAGCACCAGGACUACCCUUAGAAGAGGCUAUUAUUGACACAAAGGAUUCACAUCGUCAAUCCAUCUCAAAACACAAUGGAAACUCAUUGAAUACAUUAGGAGAGUCCUUUUCAUCAUAUUUGGAGGGGAAAAAUGAAUAUAUUGAUGCAAUUAACAGUACACAUUCACUGGUGAACCUGAAGAAGGUUGUUAUGGAAAUGGGGAAAAGUGAUAAAUCAAAUUUACCCUUCCAAUUACAGGGAAAUUUUAAAGAAGGGGAAGUAGAUCUACUAGACACAGUUAAUACAAAAGGGGAAAAAGUUUUGGAAAAUGUUGUUAAGGAUAGCACAGUCCACCAACUGGCACCCACUAUGCAUCCGUCAGCUUCACAAAAUAUUGUGCCGAAAUUGGACAGUACUGCAUUGUCAGGGGUGACCACUAAUGAAGAUAAUUUUCAUCCUAUCACACUUAAAGUAGAAGGCAUUUCAUAUCCUACAGAAAAGAAACAGAACCACCAAAUUGAUUUAACUGGAGAUGAAACGACCUUUUCAGGAACAAAAAGUACUUAUGAGGCGAUGAUGAAACAUCUGCAGAUAUAUGGUAUAGCUCUUCCACAAAAUGUGGACAAAAAAAUGCAGCUGGUUACAUCUAGUCAGGAUGUAACAGAUUUUCCAGGGGCAUCCAGUACAAGCACACAUGUAGAUCCUAUCACAUUCAAAACACAAGACUUUUCACAAGCAGCAGUGUCCAGCAUAAACCAACCAGGAAAUGUCAAUGUAAAAUCAAACCUGUUUGUAAAUAAUGAUAAAGAAGAAUCAUUUAGAUCCAGAAUGAAUGAUGGGAUUAAGCUACAUACACCAGUUACAGACAAUUCAGAAUCACGAGCAACAGUGACUACAGAAAGAAAUGUAUAUGUAGAUGAAACCAGCGAAAUAAAUAUGUUCCAACCAAUUGCUUACAGUACAGAUCGCACAUUUGAACCGUUGCUAACUGUAGAUAGUUCGCUCUUGUUCAGAAUAAGUACAUCCUUAGAUCAACUUCAGCACUCCACAGACAGUGAAAGGAUGGAAUUCACCACAUUCAUUGGAGAAAGAACAUUUCAACCAACCAAAUCCAGUGGAGAUGCAAGAACAAGUCAGAAGAAUCUGGCCUAUGAGAAAGAAAGCCUAAACAAAGAUAAUCUUCUUCAGACACUCAUUCGCUCCCCAGGUGAUAUACCACAAUCCAUCACUUCUAAUGCAAAAGAUAAAACUCCUGUAAGUGUAACGAACACUAAGAAUUAUUUACACAUGACCAGAAAAGAUGGCAAAGUUCAGCCUGUCAUCGACAAAGAUACCAGUACACUCCAAGUAGCUACAACUAUCACUGAUAUCUUGGACCCAUCACUUGGUCUUAGUAAAAAGAGUGCGGUGCAGCAGAAUUCCUCUGAAAAUGUUCAAGAAGCCAUUGCACACGCAUUUACUGGAGUAUAUGGAGAUCAGGUUGUCAAAGGCACAGAAGGGGCACCAUUACCAAAAGAAGAAACUGGUCGAUACUAUGCAUCACUUUUAACUGAUGGAAAGACCCUUCCCUCAUUCCGUAGAAAAAGUGUUGCCAACAUCACAGACGUUGCCACUGAUGUUUUGUCCUUAGCUGCUUCAUCUAUAAGUCCUGUUACUAUGCAAACGCCUACAGUGCAUUCGCCAUUAAAUCUUGAAGACUUGUCCAUAUCAGCUUUUCCUGUCAUUAUCACAGAAAUACCACCAAGGGGAGAUAAUGUACAUUCAUCUACUUCUUCAUUUUUAAAUCCAGACUGAAGGAAGAUUUCAGACACCACACUAUCCACAAUCCUACCCGAGUGACAUGGACU